AGUCUCUUUCUGUUGUCCAGGCUGGAGUGCAGUGGCAUGAUUUCGGUUCACUGCAACCUCCGCCUCCCAGGUUCAAGUGAUUCUCCUGCCUCAGCUUCCCAAGUAGCUGGGACUACAGGCGCACGCCACCAUGCCCAGCUAAUUUUUUUGUAUUUUUAGUAGAAACAGGGUUUCACCAUGUUAGCCAGGAUAGUCUUGAUCGCCUGACCUCAUGAUCCGCCUGCCUUGGCCUCCCAAAGUGCUGGGAUUACAGGAAUGAGCCACCGCGCCUGGCCGGGAAGUAGACUUUUUAAGAUGCAGAAAGAUAUUCUCAUAGAUAUUAUUACAAUCUUAGAAACAAAUCUCUAAGCAAACAUGUGUACGUUUACAGAGAUUUGUUUUUAAAUGUGACUCUUGUCCUGAAGGUACAUUUAAACAUGGAAUAGUGAAUUCUUUUCUAAGUGUUCUUGCAUUAUCAAAUAGUUUGAGUUACAGAUACAACUUUGACUCAGUUUAUUAUUUACCAGUAUUUUUUGAGCACUUGUGAUGGUUCAAAAUUGUUAUGGCUCAAAUAUUUAUAGGCUGUAUCAUUUUCUGCAUAGUUUUUAUUGAGAUCAAAUAAAAAAAAUUCCAAUGUAUUUUUUUCUGGACUUUCAGUUUAGGUUCAUAGUAGAUAUUGAAGAACAAUAUAUUAUCAGGAAAAGUGGCAGUCUCCAUGCUGUACAUUUCAACUGUCUACUGUGACACUUUCCAAGAGAGUGAAAAUUGAAAUUGCUUGUAACAGAAUGGAAUGGGUAAACUCUUAGAGCAAUUGGAUUCAGAGCUGUAAUGUCCCUCAUUCCCCAUCUACCCUCUGUGUUCAAGGAUGUUUGCUGAAGCAUUAUUUCUAAAAAUAAAACAUAGAAAACCACCUUAGUUAGCAAGAUGAAUGCUUAAAUAAAUCAUGGUAUAGUCAUAACAUGGACUGUUACGAAGCAUGAAAGGCAUGCUUUCAAAAACUGAAAACUUUAAAUAAUAUUAAGUAAAAUUAUAUAUAGCAAAUACCAAUUUUGUUUGGAAAGUUGUAUAUUCAUACACAUGUACAUAGAAGAAAGAUUGAAAAUUUAUAACAUUUUGGUCUUGGUUAUUUCUGAAUGGUAUGCUUGAGAGCAAUAAAUUUUAUUAUUUUCCAAAUACUUUUAAUUCUGAAAUUGCUUUUCAACGAUCAGAAAAUAACUACACAGGAUCCAUUUUUUAAAAGGACACAUAGGGCAGAUAAUUGAUUUUUCCUGUGAAGUGAAGUCCUGGGGGAAUUCAGACAGAACAAAUACAUGUUUUAGUCAAGAGGUUAGCAGAACUCUGUGCAACAGCAGCAGGACCACAGCCAUCCAAAAGAGGUCUCUUUGAAAUAAUGGAAUUUUCAAUGCAAUGUCACCUCAUCUGACUUUCUAUGUAGAAAUUCCCAAAGACAACAGCCUGUGCACCUCCCAAAUUGACUUUCAGCUUUUGUACACACAGGUCCAGUGUUCCAGGUGUAGAACCUAACUGUUCCAGAUGUAAUCUGGACAGAAUAUUUCCUUACAUUCGUGCAGGAUUUGUCUCUUGGUAUUUCUUCCAGUGGUCCUAAUCCUACUAGCGUGUGGCCAUAAACAGCAAGAAUAAGCCUUCCUCAGCACUGAUGUUCUUUAAAUAUUUAAAUGAAUGUGUGGGUUUUUUUUUUUGAGAUGGGGUUUCACCAUGUUGGCCAGGAUGGUCUCGAUUUCCUGACCUCAUGAUCCACCCACCUCGGCCUCCCAAAGUGUUGGGAUUACAGGUGUGAGCCACCACGCCUGGCCGUGAAUGUGUAUUUUUAACAUUCAUUGAAGUAUAAUUUAGGUAUGGUAGACUGUGCACAUUUACAGUGGACAAUUACCUGUGUUUUGACAGGUGUAUACAUCCACAAAAUCACCACAAUCAAGAUGUAGAACACUUUUAUUUCCCCCAAAGUCUCCUCAUGUUUCUUGCGUUCCAUGCCUCCGUUCACCUGUUCCACAUAACCUUUGUUCUGCUGUCACCAUAGAUUCUUUUGUAUUUUCUAGCAUUUCCUGUAAAUGGGAUCAUUUACUGUAUGUACUUAAAAAAAAACUGGCUUAUAAAAGUCCUUAACUUUUUCUUUCACUUUAUGAAGCAGUUUUAUAACAUGUAUUCUUUACUUUUAUGGAGCCAUCAUAAAAGAUGUUUGAGACUUCCUCUUGAGAUGAUUAACCAGUCAGUGAAAAUGCAUUAUACAUUUUAUAAGUGCAGUUGUUCUUGCCACACUUAAAUAGUUGUAUUGGACUAUAGUCCUUGGGAUAUCUUCUGGUUUUAACACUGUAUAAUUCUAUAAAAUGUUUUCAGUUACUAUUCAAAGGUAAUGUUGAACAUUUACUUGAAAUUAGUCCAGUGAAUAUAAUUGAAAUUCAGUAAGAUGUUAGGGAUUUUUGUUGUUGUUGUGUUUUGUUUUUUCAGUUUUAUUGUUUUCUAAUUCUUUCAGGGAAUCACAAUGUAUACUUAAUUCUUCAUGGUUUUUCACAUGACAAAAACAAUAUUGCCAUUUUCUUUUCUUUUUUAAGAGACAGGAUCUCGCUAUAUUGCCCAGAUUGGAGUGCAGUGGCUAUUCACAGGAGUUAACAUAGCACACUACAGACUUGUAUUCCUGGGCCUCCUGCCUUGGCCUCCCAAGUAGCUGGGAUUAUAAGCUAUACCACUGUGCCCAGCUCAACAUUGCCAUUUUUAAAUUAGAGUGGCAAAGGAACAUUUAUAAAAAGAAUAUGGAAGCUCAUAGGGUAGUCCUAUUCCAUAGGAAGAAAACCUGCUUGAAUAAAAUCUAAGUGGUAAGGUGAAUACCACAAUAUAUUUUAAGCUCCCCAACUAUAAUCAAAUAGAAAUGAUGAUGACAUCCGUAUUUUCAUCUCUUGAUUUUUUUAUGGUUCUAAACCACACCCAUUGUACAGGUUGCCCUUUCUACUGAGAGUAAGUUCCAUUGAGAUUAAAAUCUGUAAUAAUAGGUAGAACACUUCAGUGUGAAAUUGCUUCCUUUCUUUGGUCAAACACUAACUUUGGCAGAGGAUAGACACAGCUUAGGAAGACUGAAUUUUAAGUGUUCUGAAUUGUUUUUCUGGACUUCCAAAUCUCAAAUGAUAAGACCGGCAGAAGCAGGAAUCUCCAGUCUGGCUUACUUCUUGAGUCUGUAAUAGGCGGCUCUGCCUUCCCGGAGCUCCAAACCUCGGUGAGAAGGGGAACCAGUCCCAUUUACUCUACACCAAGAGCUGCCACGCCGAGGUGCUGGCAAAACCGCUGCGCCGGCCACAAGAGUUGCGCUGGUGACCCGUGCGACUCCUCCACUGGGAAUCUUCUGCUCCAUACAAAGAGCUGAAGAUAGUCUUUUCUGUCCAAAGAUGGAAAACAGCACUACUACCAUUUCUCGGGAGGAACUUGAAGAACUACAAGAAGCAUUUAAUAAAAUAGAUAUUGAUAAUAGUGGGUAUGUCAGUGACUAUGAACUUCAAGACCUGUUUAAGGAAGCAAGCCUUCCUCUGCCUGGCUACAAGGUGCGAGAGAUUGUGGAGAAAAUUCUAUCAGUUGCUGACAGCAACAAAGAUGGCAAAAUCAGUUUUGAAGAGUUUGUGUCACUAAUGCAAGAAUUAAAAAGCAAAGAUAUCAGCAAAACAUUCCGAAAGAUAAUUAACAAGAAGGAAGGGAUUACUGCUAUUGGAGGAACUUCAUCUAUUUCCAGUGAGGGCACACAGCAUUCUUAUUCAGAGGAAGAAAAAGUGGCUUUUGUUAACUGGAUAAACAAAGCCCUGGAGAAUGACCCUGACUGUAAGCAUCUUAUACCCAUGAAUCCCAAUGAUGAUAGUCUUUUCAAGUCACUUGCAGAUGGCAUCCUUCUUUGCAAAAUGAUCAACUUAUCUGAACCAGAUACAAUUGAUGAAAGAGCCAUCAAUAAGAAAAAGCUCACGCCUUUCACAAUUUCUGAAAAUUUAAACCUAGCUCUGAAUUCUGCCUCGGCCAUUGGUUGUACAGUGGUCAACAUCGGUGCAUCGGAUCUCAAAGAAGGAAAACCUCACUUGGUCUUGGGACUUCUCUGGCAGAUCAUCAAAGUUGGCCUUUUUGCUGAUAUUGAGAUUUCUAGGAAUGAAGCUCUGAUUGCAUUGCUGAAUGAAGGUGAGGAACUAGAGGAGCUGAUGAAGCUUUCUCCUGAGGAAUUACUGCUGCGAUGGGUGAACUACCAUCUGACCAAUGCAGGAUGGCAUACCAUUAGCAACUUCAGCCAAGACAUUAAGGAUUCGAGAGCCUAUUUUCAUCUGCUGAAUCAGAUUGCCCCUAAAGGUGGGGAAGAUGGACCUGCCAUUGCCAUUGACCUUUCAGGAAUUAAUGAGAAAAAUGACCUGAAGCGUGCUGGACUCAUGCUUCAAGAAGCAGAUAAACUGGGCUGCAAGCAGUUUGUUACUCCUGCAGAUGUGGUUUCAGGCAAUCCUAAACUUAAUUUAGCUUUUGUGGCUAAUCUGUUUAACACAUACCCAUGCCUGCACAAGCCGAAUAAUAAUGACAUCGAUAUGAAUUUACUGGAAGGAGAGAGCAAGGAAGAGAGGACAUUUCGGAACUGGAUGAAUUCCUUGGGAGUCAACCCGUACAUUAAUCAUUUGUACAGUGACCUUGCAGAUGCUUUAGUGAUCUUUCAGCUCUAUGAGAUGAUACGAGUGCCAGUCAACUGGAGCCAUGUCAAUAAACCUCCUUAUCCUGCCCUUGGAGGGAACAUGAAGAAGAUUGAAAACUGUAACUAUGCAGUGGAACUUGGGAAGAACAAGGCCAAAUUCUCCUUGGUUGGCAUUGCUGGGCAGGACCUAAAUGAAGGGAAUUCAACACUUACCCUGGCAUUGGUAUGGCAGCUGAUGAGAAGGUACACAUUGAAUGUGUUAUCGGAUCUUGGAGAGGGUGAAAAAGUAAAUGAUGAAAUUAUUAUUAAGUGGGUCAAUCAGACUCUUAAAAGUACAAACAAAAAUACUUCUAUUUCCAGUUUCAAGGAUAAAUCUAUAAGCACAAGUUUACCUGUCCUAGAUUUAAUAGAUGCCAUUGCACCAAAUGCAGUUCGUCAAGAAAUGAUCAAGAGAGAAAACUUAUCUGAUGAGGACAAGCUGAACAAUGCUAAAUAUGCCAUUUCAGUUGCUCGAAAGAUCGGUGCCCGGAUAUAUGCAUUACCUGAUGACCUCGUAGAAGUGAAACCAAAGAUGGUUAUGACGGUGUUUGCAUGCUUAAUGGGAAAAGGACUGAACAGAAUAAAAUAAUCAUUUUAUAUGAUUUUCUGCCACAUUAAACAUAUUCUAUGCCUGACAGUUUACAGAAUUCUAAAAUGUAGUGGAUAUAAAACCAGAGAUUAUUUGUAUGCUCAAAAUAGUUAUAUAUUCAUUAAUGAAUUCAAUAUCCUGUUCAUACUAGUUAGAGCUGGUCAGCCUUUUUGAAUAACACAGUUAAUUUACCAGCUGAUACAGAUAAUAGAAUAUAUUCAUAAUCAAGCUGAUACUUCAUGAUUAAAUUAUUUUGUUGCUUAAAAGUCUUAUUAACACAAGACUAAUUCAUUCUUUUUUAUAGUUCAAAAAAGAUGAAUACAAAAGUUUUUGCAAGUUCUGCUGUGAAAUGUGUUUUGAUUUUUGUGUGUUAAUUUUGAUCUUAAAUGCAUUCAUACUCAUAAUCCAGUUUUAUUUGCUUCCUCCAACUAUUUAAAGUGGUCCAAAAACACUUUUCUGUAAGUUUCUAUACUGUCUAAAACCUUAUGGUGACAGGUAUUGUUUAUUAAUAUCAAACUUUUUUAUAAAUGAGAACUAAUUCUUGAAUAAACCCCAAAGUUCACUCCCUUGUUAAGUAGCAGCAGCUUUUUACUUAAAACUUAAUUUUAGCUGCGUUGAUACCUUACAUAUCCUAGUUUGGUAAUACAGCUUUAACUAUGACAUGUAACAUAUAUAUGUUGGUAGGAUGUUACUAGAGAUAUAUGUGUGCAUAUAUGUUUUUUCUUUUUUUGCACCUCAAUCACCCAGCUUUUCAUAAGUGGUAUGUAUAAUUAAUUGGUCAUUCAGCCAACCAUCAGUGUUUCUUCCCCCACAACAUGUGUAACACUUUUUAGUCUGUGGAUAUCUGAUACAUUAAGAUUUCUUUUUAUAAGUAUUCAUUUUGAAUGCACAUAUAGUUAUUUGACUCCUUCCAAAUACUUGUAGACAAACAUUGGCUAGAACAUCCCAAGAUGUGUUGACACUAUCCUGUUAGCUUCGUAUUAUACUUGCUAAUUUAGGUCUCUAUAGAUACCCUAUAUAAUUUAGAAUAUGCUCACUGAAUGUCUUUAAUAGAAAGUAACAUAAAGCUAAUAUUCAAUGUAGAGUAUUUUCAUGUUUUUUUCACAGCCCAUUACAAAUUGGCAAUGUUUGGUUAAUGUUUGUGUUACUUGGAAGUAGCUACAGCUUGGACCUAUUUUUUUUUUUCUAAAUUUUUAGCAUUAGUUCAUUUCUGCUGCUAACAAUUGAAUCCAGAAAUCUACUUCCUCCAUCUUCCACUGUUAGUGCCAGUAAGCAAUACUGUUGUGCAGCAAAAAUGUCACUUUAUGUCAGUGUGAAUGAGUAGUCUAAAUUCCCCUACUACCAUUGAUUUAAACACAUAUGUUGGUAAGAGUGAGACUGCCCAUGUGUUUAGAAUUUUUUAAAUGAAAUGAUCAACAGGUGGAAUUUUGAAAUAUAUUCUUCUACAGUAUUUUAAUGAUUGCUUUCUUAUAUGAAGAUUAAGAUAUGUUCUUGCUCUUUUGUAAGAUUAUUUAAAUUAUGUUUCCUCUGAUUUUUUUUUCACCAUUGUAUUUACUAAGUUAUCAGAUUUACAAGAAAUCUGGCACUUUAGGGUGUUCUUUUUCUCACAGAGUAUAUUUAAUAAAAAUGCUGUGUAUGUAGAAA